CUGGUGCGUUUUCGUUGCGCACGGGAUUUGGCCCCUCUCAGAUCAAAGGGCCCUCAGGAAAGGGGUGGUCCCGAGGCAGGGGCAUAUAUAGGAGGGACCUGCUCUAUUCUGACUGCAAGGCAAGAGCAGAGAACAGACUAAACGGGCCAGCAGAGAAAAAAAACCUGCCCCGAUCUCAAAGAGAGCUAGAAACUGAGACAUCUGCUGAUGUUUGGAGAGAAAGAGACCUGUUGGAUUUACUACAGAGUUCCAGCUUUUAUUUUAAUUUAAUGAAAGGACUUUUUUUUUGCAACAAGUCAGACCUGCACAUAACUUUAACUGAGUUUUGCACUGGAUUUGAUCCCUUUUUAGAUUGUUAUUCGUGUGCGUAAUUUGGGGGACAGUUUGUGGAAGUUCAAAGACUUGGGGUUUGUAGCUUAUAGUGGAAAACCUUUUAAAGGAUUUAUUUGCUUCCUCCUAGACACUUUAUUAUCAAUUUGUCUUUCCACUUGUCGGAUUUCACAGUUAUAUGAUGUGGGGUUUACACGUUUCCAUUGGUUUAAUCGCCGCUCUGUGCGUCGGCGCAGCGCACAGCGCCUGGGAGGAAAGCACCGUGGUGCCGGUCAGACUAGACCCGGCGGCCCGGUCGGAGAGCGAAACCGAACCGUGGCGGACUCUCUCCGCAGAGGAGAAAGAAAAGGAGGCGGAGAUGAGGGAGUACCGGUUGGACGUAUUUGGCAAAGAGCUGUUCUUGCAGCUAGAGCCUGACCAGACCUUCUUGGCGCCGGGUUUCGUCUUCCACAUUGUGGGGAGCCCUGAGUCCGAACUGACACAGGAACCCAAGAGCGGAGCCGAACCGGGUUGUUUCUUCUCUGGCACUGUGAACAGAGAGGAACACUCUGCCGCUGCGCUCAACCUGUGCCACGGACUCAGGGGCGGAUUCUACUUUCAGGGGGAAGAAUAUUUUAUUCAGCCCCUUAACUCGAGUGACUUCAUGGGCACUGAGGAGGAUGUCCACAUGAUCCGCCGGAGAGGUCGAGCAGCUCUGGCUGAGGAGGGGAGCGCCAAGUGCGGGGUCAACGAGGACGAGGAGAGGGUGCCAAAGAAUCUGGAGAAAGAAGCCAAGCACGGAGCCGCUAACGCAGACCAGACAGCCCACCACAGAACCAGGCGUUUUGUUUCCACCCCUCGCUACCUGGAGAUCAUGCUUGUGGCCGACCAGUCCAUGGCUGAGUUCCACGGCGCCGGGCUCAAGCCCUACCUACUGACCAUCAUGGCAGUGGCAUCCCGCCUUUAUCGCCACCCUACCAUCCACAACUCCAUCACUCUGGCAGUGGUGAAGCUGCUGGUUGUAUACGAGGAGGAGAGAGGCCCUCAGGUGUCCGCUAACGCCGCAAUGACUCUGCGCAACUUCUGCCAGUGGCAGCGGCAGCAUAACCCACCAAGUGACCGCCACCCGGAGCAUUAUGACACUGCAGUGCUCUUCACCAGAACGGAUCUGUGCGGUGCCCACUCUUGUGACACUCUGGGCAUGGCAGAUGUUGGCACCGUGUGUGACCCUGACAGAAGCUGCUCAAUUAUUGAGGAUGAUGGGCUGCAAGCAGCAUUUACUGUGGCACAUGAGCUGGGCCAUGUCUUCAACAUGCCUCACGAUGAUGCCCAGCUGUGCUCCGGGGUCAACGGUGCCCACUGGAGCGCCCAUAUGAUGGCCUCCACCCUGUCCAACCUGGACCAGCAGCAGCCAUGGUCCCCCUGCUCCGCCCUCAUGGUCACUACCUUCCUGGACAACGGCCAUGGUCAGUGCCUGCUGGAUAAACCGGUCAAACCUCAGCCGCUCCCUCAGCCCCUGCCCGGGACGGUCUAUGAUGCCGACCAUCAGUGUCGGCUUACCUUUGGCGAAGACUCCCAACACUGCCCUGAUCUGAGUAGCAUGUGCGCUGCUCUGUGGUGCACUGUGACCACAUCCAAUGGUUUGCUGGUGUGCCAGACUAAGAACUUCCCCUGGGCUGAUGGAACGGCAUGCGGGCAUGACAGCUACUGCCUGGCCGGACAUUGUCUCACUAAGAGCCAAGCCGCCAAACACCAGACUGCUGUCAAUGGUGGCUGGGGAGUGUGGGGUCCCUGGGGCGACUGCUCUCGGACCUGUGGUGGAGGGGUGCAGUAUUCCUUUCGUUCCUGUGACAACCCUUUGCCCAAGAACGGGGGCAAGUACUGUGAGGGCAAGAGGAUCCAAUACCGCUCCUGUAACACGGACACCUGCCCUGACACCAAUGGCCUGUCAUUCCGCGAGGAACAGUGCCUGGCCCACAACGACAUGUCAGCCCAAGUGUCUCUGGGUUCAGGCGAGGGUGUCGAGUGGGUGCCCAAGUAUGCUGGAGUUUCACCCAAAGACCGCUGCAAGCUGGUGUGCCGAGCCAAGGGGACUGGAUACUUCUUUGUCCUGAAACCUAAGGUGGCUGAUGGCACACCCUGCAGCCCCGACUCCACCUCAGUUUGUGUUCAAGGCCAGUGUGUCAAGGCUGGAUGUGAUCGCGUCAUCGGCUCUAACCAGCGCUUUGAUAAGUGCGGUGUGUGUGGUGGAGACGGCUCUACCUGCAAGAAAGUGUCUGGUUCUCUGGAGCGUGCCAGGCCUGGUUACCAGGAUGUUGUAACCAUCCCUGCUGGUGCCACCCACCUUGAUGUUAAGCAGCGUGCCCCAGGCAAUGGUCGUCCUGAUAACAGCUACUUGGCAGUGCGUCGCCAGGAUGGAAGCUAUCUGUUAAAUGGCGAAUACAAGCUGAUGACCAUGGAGACCGACAUCACCUUGCAAGGGGCACUCUUGCGAUACAGUGGCUCCUCCGCCACCCUGGAGCGCCUCCGGAGCUUCGCCCCACUCCCCGAGCCCCUCACCAUCCAGGUGCUGUCUGUGGGGGAAGCCCCGAGGCCCCGGGUUAAGUACAGCUACUUUGCCCCGAGACCCAACAGUGCUGCGUCGGUCUCCAACAUCAAUGGAGGCCGCCGCCAGUCCAUCAAUGCCAUCAGAGAGGUGGGUGGAGCCGAGUGGACCCUGAGGGAGUGGGGUCCGUGCUCCCAGACCUGUGGAGUAGGUAUGCAGCAGAGAGAGGUGGUAUGUCUAGAUCCCCAUGGUCGUCCCUCCAGAGAUUGCCCGGAGGAGCUGCGCCCCUUGGCCUCACGGUCGUGCGCCACCCAGUCCUGUCCCUCCUGGCUUCUCGGAGAAUGGUCGGUAUGCUCAAAGACCUGCGGCCGAGGCUUCCGCAAACGCCCACUGCGCUGCGUCGGCCACGAUGGGCGCGCACUAACCCAUGACAGCUGUGACCCCAAAGACCGGCCGCGACCCCUGCUGGAACUGUGUAAUCAGAGUGCCUGUUAAGGACUGCUCCCACAACCUAACCUCCUUUUCAUACCCGCAGCUUUCAGGAAGACAUCAGAUAGAAACUCUGACCUUCACUGCCUCCUCUUUCCCACGGGCAACCUAAAGAGGCCGAUGAAUGUUUACUUCCAGAGCGAGAGUGGUUUUCAUGGGUUCCAGGUAGUCUAACAGUCCCACAACGGCUCCACAAUGACUACAACAAUAAAGUCCCAUUUUUACCCAUUCCCUCCAUCCAUGUUGGGGCCAGACGUUGGUCCACAGUGGCCCUGCCUCCUAGUUGAAGCAAUAAAGACUGAUUACGGCUUGCUGCCUGUCUGGCCUCAGCGCAGCAGUGGCACAUUUUGCUUCCCCUUAGGGGGAAGAAAGCAUGGACAUUCCUGAUUUCCUAAAGGAGCAUGCUGCUUACUGUGCCAAUGUCAUGCUUUUGUGUGUGCGUGAGUGUGAGACUGUAUGUGUGUUUUAAUGCAUGUAUAUGAUGUUUGUCCAAGCUGGGCUGGACGGACACAUAAGGGUUGGGGUGGGGGAGGUUAUUGCAGAGUAUAUAAAGAAACAAAUGAAAAAAAAUAGCUGAUAUUGUACUUACUCACCCCAUCAGGUAUGGAAAAUAAGAUAGCUAAUAGUCAUAGUGUAUAUGUUCAAACUUGCCAGUUUAUUUAUCACAAACCUGUGGCACUUCAUCUUUGUUUUUGCCAGCGGCACAUUGUAACACCCAGUUGUCUCUAAAUGCCUCAGUACGCUGUACUUUGUCCUUUAGCCAUAUCUUGCCCUACACAGCCUUCAAUGAGGGAACUCCUAAUGGACCAAAGAGGAGUGUCUGUGUGAGUAUGUGUGUGCAUGUGUGUGUGUGUGUGCGUGUGUGGAGACCUAAAGAGGGACUUGUCUCCUGCUACUACUUCAUAAGUAAGUCUCUCCUGCCUUCUGCGAAGGCACCUUGUUUUUUUCUAUCAAGUCUUUUCCUUUUGUACAGAAUAUCCAAACAUUAUUUAUUUUUGUACAGCCUAUAAUCAUGUGGCUUUUUAAAAUAUUAUUUUUAUUUGUUAUUGAGAUCACAGAAGGGAGUAGAAUAUAUAGAGUAUUUAUACAGUGUUAUAUAUAUAUAUAUAUAUUUGGUCCUAGGUUCAUGAAUAAAGUAUCACAUGACUUGUGAA